GGCACCGUCACCCUGCCCACCGCGAUCACAAGUCGCGUGGACUUCGCCCGAGAGACGCAGCAGAGGACAAGCGGACGGAGCAGAUAGACGAGGUAGACGAGGUUGACGGGACAAACGACGAGACACAAGGGUCGAUACGACGAGGAAGGCAAAGGAGAGGCGGGGGGGGGGGGCAGCCGAGGGUUGUGUGUGGGGGGGGGGGGGGGCAAGACUGGAGCGCGCGUUGGCUUGAGUUGAGAAUGAGUUAGAAGAUUCAAGGGGACAGACGUCAAAGUUUCCGUCUCGCCAAUGCCGGAGUAGAAUCAUUACCAACCCCCACCACCACCACCAUCGGGCUCAUCCUCGCGAGCUCCAGCGUACCCCGGGCGCAGGCGGUGCGAUGGCGUCAGCCCUGGCGGGACGCGCGCACAGCCACAUGCAGAGCCCCCUGCUGCAGGUGUGGCUGGGCCCGCCCUGCGACAGCGACCUGCAGCAGGCGAGCAGGGCGGCCGCCGCCUCUGCCGCCGCCGCGACCGCGGCGAGAAGGGGCGACGCCGAUGACUCCUCGCACUCGAGCGGCGUGUGGAAGACCUACCCCCUGCGCAAGCGGUUCUCGGCGUUCCGCUUGGCCGGAGCGUCGUCUGACGCGCCCAAGGGCGACGGCGGGCUCGUGCCCUCGCCGCCGCGACCCCCGCCGCCUUCCUACCAGCAGCACCAGCAGCACCAGCUGCAGCUGCAGCAGCGCGAGUGUGCGGAGGAGGGCGACGGCGGCGGCUCGUUGCGCGCGACGAGAGACUGCGGUGCCAAGGGGCUGAGCGCCGCCGACGUGGCGCCCAGGAAGCGCAAGGCCGCCGUCGCGCUCUUCGCGUGCGGCCCCCCGCGGGGGGCGGUGCGCAGGAGCCACAAGCGGCGAGGGGCCCCCAGCUCGGACGACGACGACGACGACGACUACGAGGAGGAGGAGGACGGCUACGACGUCGGCGGCUGGGCCGCCCGCCUGCCGGGCGUCCGUCGCCGCAAUCACAGCGGCCACGGCCAGCAGCAGCAGCAGCAGCAGCACGAGCCGAACCACCGGUGGCGCGGUUUGCGGGAGGCGCCCGACGACGGGCAGCCGGUGAGGAAGCGCCGGGUGGCCAGCCUGAACGCGGAGGCGCUGGUGAACCUGCUGCUGGAGCGUGACGACGAUGACCUGGCGCUGGCCGCUCCGUGCGUUCCGCAGCCGGCGCCGCCAGUGCCCGAGAGGCAUCGAGCGGCAGCCAGCGGCAGCGGUGGUAGUGGAGUGCAGCGGCAGCAGCAGCCGCAGCAACAACAGCAGCAGCAGCAGCAGCAGCCGAGGGGCAGCAGCACACUGGUGAACAGGCGCAGCCCGUGCUUGGCAGCGUCGGCCGGGCCGGGCCAGGACUGCUCGCUGGCGCAGGGCUCCAUGCUGUCCGAGACGGACGCGGCCUCCCUGCACCCACCCGCCUCCGCCGUCGCCGGCGGUGCCCCGGGAGUGGAGCGGGCGGAGGCCGAGGCGUUCGCCAACUCGCGCGCCGACGCCUGCAAGUGCCCCUUCGCCGCGAGCCGGGACGGCAGGCGGCCGCCCGUGGUCGUCUCCGCCGCGUCGUCCAUUCUGUCGGCGGCGGCGUCGGCGGCGGCGUCGGCGGCGUCGGGAGCCAUGCGGCAGAGCAAGUCCGGGGGCGACGGUGUCCUGGCGGCGCAGGGCGUGGGCUACCAGCAGACGGCCGGGACGCUGCCGCAGGCGCCGUGGAACCCCCCGGCCGAGCCCCUGGACUGCCGGCGUAUCGCGCCGCCGCCCCCCUCCUUCUCAGUCCCGUACUCGGGAUGCUUCCUGACCGGCGUCGGCUUUCAGCCGUCGGUAACGGCGGGCGGCGUGGGACUUCGUGCCGGCGGCCUCGUCGUCGGCGGCGUCGUCGGCGGCGUCGUCGUCGGCAGUAGAACGACGACGUCCCGCUGGACCUGUCGAUGAAGCGGCCGGGCGCUGACCGGUCG